AUGUACAUGUCAGCCUCCAUCAUCUCUAAUAGUCCCUCUAAUCCAGAGGAAAGGCCUGAUGUCGCCUCCAUGUCGCUGUCCUCAACCGUGCGCUCUCUGCAGUCCGCCGGCGCUGCUGCUGCAGAAGAAGCAGCAGCCGUAGUUGCAGCCGGCAUUCCAACGUCAACGUCAACGGAACUGUUGGUUGAAGACACCGGGUUUGGCACCAUGGGUCCUCUUGAAGAACCUCUAGAUAUCAAGCGGACGUUCACCCAUCCGGACCAGGACUCGGUCCCGCACAACGAAGACCCCUGGGGGUACCUUGUGGACAUGGACACGCAACUCCGGAUCGUCGAGUUUGUCGAGGGAGACCCGGAGAACCCGUUGAAUAUCCGCACCAGCGUCAAGUGGUUGUACACGUUCCUCUUGGGGAUCAUUUGCUUUGUCGUGGCCCUUGGGUCUGCCAUUGUCACCGGGGACUUGGAGGGUCCACGCGACGCCUUUGGCGUCAGUGAGGAGGUCAUCAUCAUGGCCUCCGUCACGAUGUUUGUGCUUGGGUUUGGCUUGGGACCCUGUGUGUUUGCGCCGCUCUCCGAGGAGAUUGGUCGUUAUCCAAUCUAUAUGUCCACUCUAGGCGUGGCCAUCAUCUUCAUCAUCCCCUGUGCCUUGGCUAAAAACAUCGCCACCUUGAUCGUUUGUAGACUCAUUGAUGGGAUUGCCUUCUCGGCACCCAUGUGUUUGAUUGGCGGGUCAUUAGCAGAUAUCUGGGAGGCCAAGGACAGAGGUGCAGCCAUGGCCAUCUUUUCUGCUGCUCCCUACUUGGGCCCCGUCAUGGGCCCGAUCUUUGGUGGGUUACUCUGCGACCAUGCACCCACCUGGAGGUGGCUCUAUUGGACCUUCCUCAUCAUCUCUGGCUUCUUCUAUGUCGUCCUCAUUGUCCUUGUCCCCGAGACCCACCAUGCCACCAUCCUUCGUAAGCGGGUCAAGCACUUGCGCAAGCUCACCGGUGACGACUCCUACAUCGCCGUGGCCGAUCUUAAGCCUCGGACAUUCACCCAGAAAGCCGAGGAGUCGCUCCUUCGACCCUUUGUCUUGCUCAAGGAGCUCAUCGUCUUCUUGAUCACCAUCUAUAUGGCCAUCAACUACGGCUUGCUCUACAUGUUCUUCUUCGCCUACCCGAUCAUAUACAUGGAGGGAAAGGGCUGGUCUGCGUCCAAGACGGGCAUCAUGUUCAUCCCCAUCGGCGUAGGGGUCAUCCUGUCCACCUUGGUGGCGCCCAUGAUCAACCGCGAUUACAACAAGAGAGCUCAAGUAUACCGUGACCGGGGCGAGCUCCCUCCAGCAGAACUCAGACUUGUCCCCAUGAUGUAUGCCUGUUGGACCAUCCCGGCGGGACUCUUUGCCUUUGCCUGGUCUUCCUAUGCUCGUCUCUCCUGGGCAGGGCCCUGUUUCUGUGGCUUGGCCUGUGGUUUCGGGUUCACUGGCUUGUACAAUCCGGCCAACAACUACAUUGUCGACUCGUACCAGCACUAUGCCGCCUCUGCCUUGGCGGCAAAGACCCUUGUUCGGUCGCUCUGGGGCGCCUGUGUCCCGCUCUUCACCAUCCAGAUGUACCACCGUUUGGGCUACGAAUGGGCGUCCACGUUGAUGGCGUUCAUCUCGUUGGCCUGUUGUGCCAUCCCAUUCCUCUUCUACGUCUACGGUGCCCGUAUCAGGACCUACUCCAAGUACGCCUACUCCCCAGAGAUCGAUACCAAGAACGAUCUAGAGACCCAGAAGGAAGCCUCCGGUCAGUAG